AUGCCGCCCAUGACCAGGCCGACGGCGCAUUCUGUGACCGGCCACACCCAAGACCAAUCCCUCCUGCCGCCACAGUUCAAGGACAACCGCUCUCAUUCCGCUACGAGUCUGGUCUCCAAAACCCUUCCACCUGGCAGUUUCUCUACCGAACUUCGUCCAACCGUCUCUCGUGUUGACAAUGGCCGCAUCGACUUCUCUACCUUUGACAUCGAUCAAUCUGCUGCCACCGUGACCACCGAACAACGUCUUGCCGACUACCGCGACAAGAUCGAGAAAGAGACCAAGAUAAAGAUUGGAAGUGAGAACCUGCUCGAGGCCCUCAAUGCAAAGAAUGCGAAACAGAGUCGUGACCAGCGCCGUCUGGUCGAGUCGGAGCUCAAUACAUCAAAUCGCAAAAUCGCUCAGCUGAAACUUGAUCUCGAGGCCGAAUUGCAACGUGCAAAGGAAUCCACCGUGAGCCCGGCCAAUCGUCUCUCUUUCGCUAUACCUCAGAGAUCUCCCUCCAACCUUACCCUGCUCCAAAAUGCCGAGCCUGAUGACCUGGAUCCGGAAUCAGAGUCGCCAACAUACAUCCUUGCUGAGAUUCUCCAGGCCCUCGAGACUGAGGACAUGAAGCCUGAUUACUACGUGAGCCAUGCAAACGAGUUAGUGGGCCUGUUCAAGCGCCAUCCUGCCUUGAAAUAUGACCUGGCGUGGUCCAUAUUCGGUCUUCGUAUGCAGAUGAUGCUUCUCAGCGACAGUCGCGAGGUCAUUGCUGCAGGAUACCGCGUCUUACGGCAUGCCAUCACGGAUCGCAAAUCACUACAAACCAUUCGGGCGCAUCACACAGACUUUCUUGUCAUUUUGUCGUUAGUCAAGGAAGCCAAGGCUAUGGUGGAACGAGAACAAGCCUUGAAACUUGUUCGCGCCUUCCUCGAUGUUAAGGAUGGUGUUCACGAGAUUGCUCCGUCGGUCGUCCGAAUCAUCGUCGCUAUUGCUGAACAUCCAGAGGAUCGUCUUCGCUCUAUAUCCGUCAUGACUCUCGCCGAAUUACUUAUACGUAGUCCUGAUCUCGUCAUCGCUGCUGGUGGCAUUGGCACUCUUUCUGAUGCCAUGGGCAACGGUGCUUACCAGGCUCCAGAAACACUGGCUGCCGUUUUCCUACAUCUAUUGGAUUUACCCGCACGUAGAGGUCUCUUGCGCUCUGGUUUUGAGCUCAGCCUCCCAUUCGCGACCUUCACCGAACCUCCGACUUCAAUUGCUCACGAAGACCGCAUGAAAUCAAGUGCGAAAGUGGUUGCAGCACUUUUCAAGAGCUGGUCUGGCAUCAUGACAAUAUCCUUGCAUGACUUCCUACCGGCACGUUCUGUGGUUUCCUCUUUGUUGAUUGAUACCGUGGCGGUAAGGUCAAUCGUUCUUGAACUCCUCUUUGACAUCCUUCGCAUUAAGCCGCCGUCAUGGUCUUCCUCUUUUCUAGCAGGAAGACGUUUGACCACGUAUGGCCGAGUCACCAAUCUCAAGGCGAACGACCAGCACAAACCUUCCAGCAACGACCCAGAGGAAGCUUCGAAAAGAAUGAGUUUGAUAGAACAUUUUUCUGCAGUCGUCUUAACAAUUCUUCUGCGAGUUGGACUGCUACCAGCAUUGAUGCAUGCUGAACGUGAUGCACCAAAUCUUGCCCUUAAACGAAAAACCACAUUACUGAUUGGCGAAGUAUUGAAACUCGCCAACCAAUUACUCCCCAGCGAAUGGAGUGCUGAGCUGCAAGUAUUACCUGAUUUGUUUCACCAGGCCACUUCUUUUGGCCAAGAUGAACGAUCGCAGGCUGUAGCCACAGUGUACCAAGUGGACAGUGUUAACCGUACCUUGUACCGAUCUGUAGGCGGAGGACCGGGUGUCAAGUCAACUCGAGCCGAUGAGUUUGAGCCUACCAAAUCUGCAGAACAACCGAAGGUACAGAUGAGUGCCAACAUGGAUGAAGCGCAAUUCAGAGGCCUGCUUAUGGAGUGUCAAGUCUUGAACACUGUCAACUACACCAAAUGGAGAUGGGACCUGAUUCAACCCAUGAUUGAGGGACCACUAACAAAUUCACGGAGACUGGACGAGGCGAUGAAAGCAACAAAAUUCGUCCACCGUCUGCUAGGUUUCCUGCGACCAUUCAAAUACAGAUUUUCUGACGCCAAAAACACGAAACCAAAUCAGCGCUAUGUUAGAGCUGGCUGUGCGCUCGUCCGUACACUGCUCUUGACUCCAGAAGGUACCAAAUAUCUAGCCGACAACAAGAUGCUGCGACAGAUUGCAGAGUGCUUGGCUCAAUUUGAUCGCAUGAGUGGCAUUACAUCUACUACUCCUCUGUUCUCUCCAGAGAGGUUAGCAGACACACUUGUAGGUGGAUACUUCGCCAUCCUAGGUGUUCUUUGCAGUGACCAGAAGGGACUGCAGAUGAUGGAACGGUGGAAAAUCAUCAAUAUGUUCUAUCACAUUGUUGAGCUCAGAGGAAGAGAUGAUCUUAUCAUGGCUCUCCUCACCAAUCUUGACUAUACUCUGGACAGUCAUCCCAGGAUCAUCCUGUCAAAAGCCAUGAUUUCUGGUUCCAGAGAUGUCCGCAUAGCUGCUACAAGAAUACUUCGGAAAUACGCUAUUAGGCCAUUGGACAGUGGUCCGAAGUCAAGUGGUAGUGGUGAGUGCGCUGCAUGGGCAAUUCGCCUUUUGGUUACCCAACUCUACGAUCCAGAGAUUGAAGUCUGCGAGAUUGCCAUCAAGAUCCUUGAAGAAGCGUGCAACGACAACAACUCGCUCGAAUACGUCGUGAAGUGCAGACCAGCACUAGACCAUCUCGGCGAGAUUGGUGCACCUCUUCUGCUUCGCUUCUUAUCAACUUCAGUCGGAUACCAUUACCUUGAUGGCCUCGACUACAUUACCAAAGAAAUGGACGACUGGUUCCUCGGUCGCAACGACACUUAUGUGACUCUAGUUGAAGCCUCACUCGCCCGCGCCCUAGCCGAUAUUCCCGAAAAAGCAGUUUCAAUGUUUGAAGAGACUCCCGAGCCCCAAGACUUUGGCCUAGUCCCUCCACACUUCUAUCGCGAACUCACACGCACCGCCGAGGGCUGCGAGUUGCUCCGCAACAAAGGCCAUUUCGAAGAAUUUGUCUCUACAAUUCAAGACUUUGGCAUGGAAGAAGAAGACGCAGAAACCAUUGUCAAAGUCAAGGGCUGUCUUUGGGCAGUAGGGAAUGUAGGAUCCAUGGAGUUGGGCGCACCUUUUCUCGAGCAAUCGGACGUUACGCAACACAUUAUAGAGAUUGCGGAAAAGAGUGAGGUGUUGACGUUGAGGGGCACUGCUUUCUUUGUGCUUGGACUGAUUUCUAGAUCUUUGCAUGGUCAGGAGAUUUUGGCGAGUCAGCAUUGGAAUGGUACGGUGAACAUGCUUGGAGAGUCUCUGGGGUAUUGUUUACCUCUUGAUUUUACAAAACUUUUCAAUAUCCGCCAAUGGGGCCCCUCCCACUUCCACUCCCUCCCAUCACCUCUGAUCCACCGUCCAACCUCUACCUCCACCUCCUCCCCCGCCAUUCCUCCCAAUGCAAACCUCAACCCCAAACAUCUCCCCUCUCCCUCCACAUCCUCCCCACAAUCCCUCGAAAUCCUCAAAGCAGUAACAAAACUCGGCAACACCGUUUUAUCCAACAAAGCAGCCGCCGACCUCAACGCUCUCAAAGCGAAAAAAGCCCCAGGCCUAAAAAGUCUCGACGUCUUUUUAAAAGUGUUGGACAUUUUGACGAGCCAUAGGUAUAAAUUGCCGGCUGUGAGGUUUGUACUUGAUCUUUUUGAGAGGAGUGUUUUGAGGAGGUUGGUGCUUGAUGAAGAGGAUGAGGAUGAUGAUGAGGAGGGGCAAGAAGUGGAUGGGAAUGGGAAUGGCAGGGAUAGUGGUGAUGAUAGGGAUGGGACUAAUGGGUUUGAAGGGGCUUUUGGGGGUGGCGUGGGUGGGAUUUGA